UUUGUGUUAUCCAUAAUAUAAACACAGAUAAGCCUGAAGAAAGUUUGCUCAUCGAAAAUAAAAUUGUUAAAUUAGUCAUGACGGAGGAUAUCAAGAAGUAUUUCAAUGGACUCAUUCAAAAGGUGAGUGGCAUAAUGUGCAUCAUUGUGACGGAUCGUGAUGGUACACCAGUUAUCAGUGCAAAAGCCGACGAUGCAGCCCUUGAAAUCGGCCUUGCAACGAAGCCAACAUUUUUAGCAACCUACACAAUGGCCACCGAUCAAGCUGGAAAAUUGGGCUUGGGGAAGAAUCAAUCCAUCGUCUGCAUGUACUCGAAUUACCAAAUUAUCCAAAUGAAUAAGCUGCCAUUGAUAGUGACGUUUAUCGGAAGCGAAGACUGUAAUACGGGUCAUAUUUUGGCAUUGAGCGAUCAAAUCGAUAAUUAUUUAGAUGAGAUAAAGCAAACCGUCAUCGAAGCAUAGCGAUUGUCUUCAGUGUGCAGCAGUGAUUGUUGAUGACUGAGCGACAUUGUUAUCAUACUCCAUUAAAUAUAAUUAUUAUAAGAUUUGCAAAGCGCAUUUGAUAAGAGCGAAACCAAAUUCACAAUUCUACCCUUUUUUUUGUAUAAUCACGAUUGGUCGCCUUUUUUUCACCAUUGAAUAAAGACAAAUUACAAAGUCAUGUUCAUUUGAAAAACGAUAAAUGAAA